UGUAUAAAUAAUAACUCACUCGUUACACAAUACCAAAACACAGACUCUAUUUACUCACAAUAUUACUUGACCCUUCAAGCUGGUUUCCAUUCAAGAGAAAAUACCAUAUCACAAAAAUGAUUAAUCUUCGCAUUCCUAUUCUCGUUUCUUUUAUGUUUUUCCUUGUUUUUAUUUCGUCGUCCCUUUUGUUUGCUACGCCUAUUUUUGCUGCUAGAGUAGGUCACUCUCUGGUACAAGAAGAGGCCACAAAGAUUCCACAAUAUAAUAGGCUUGAGGAGUCGGAGGAACCGGAGAUUCCAGAAGAUCCUGAGGUUCCUGAGGAGCCUGAGGAACCAGAGGAGCUACCAAAGGAGUCAGAAGAAGGGAGUUUUGAAUUCCCCUCGUGGAUCCCAAGCUUCCCUUUUCCCGGUACUAACGGCGGUUUACCAAAGACUGAAAAGACAAAACCUACAAGUGUUAUUUCCGAGGCAACUUCUAGUGGUUCGAACAAGAAGCCAUAGAUCAAUGGAUUGAGAACAUUAAAAGGGAAUCUAUAUACACUGCUAUUGCUUGAAUAAUGAUAAAUAAAAGUAAAUGGUGUAAUAAUAGGCUUGUUUGUGUUUUAUGAAACACGAGAUAGUACUUACGCAUUGUUGCAUUUUCAUGUCAUGUUUGGGUCACUGACGUCUCGAAAUUAAGUCUUUGUACUGAGUCUCUGGUGUAGCUUGUGUGCUUUUCUUGUGGUACAAAAUAUAUAUUUUACGAUUACGUUUUGUAAUUAGUAUCAACAUCAUUUUUUCUCUCACCAUGGUUUAUAUUUUUGACUUCUUUUGACAAAUUUUAUUUUACGUACACCAGAUGUUGAGAGCUUUGCCAAGUCUUCUUAUCUGACAGCUUACGUUGGCCCAAAAAAAGAAAACUGAAAGCUUCAAAUGGGCAAUUAUCAGUCCAACUUGGUGAAUAUGCCCAACUUUAGGAUAGAAUUAUGGCUCAUUAUCAGUCUUGAGUUAGGGAAUAGACCCAAUUUCAUAAGGCUACUCAUCUUAGCAAAGCUUAGUCUUCCUUGACAAUGUGAAGCUUAUAUUUAAACAUCAUAUUCAGCAGUCUUAUCUUAACAUGUUUUAAAUGAUUAUUUCUCAACAGAUAGCAUAAUUGUUUCCUAGAAAUUUAGAAAUUUUAAAGUAGUUUGAAAUCAUAUUGAAAAUAGUAAUCAUAUAGCUCCUCCACUGGUCUCAGUCGGUAACUACUAUCCUCAUAUCAAAUCAAACAAAACACAUGAACAAGGUAACAAGAAAUCAAUCUUCAGAAGAAAAACAUUCAAAAAGCAAGAAAGAAACAAAGGAUGGGAAAAAGUAGUCGUCAAGGCAAUUAAGCACUUAAUCCCCGUGCAUUUCUUUAAUCAUUCACUUGCUGCCCUUUUUGCCCUUUUUCUUUUUCUUUUCUUUGUUCCCUUUCUCAACCAAAUACGGGUAAUCCUAGUCAAAUUGUUAAAUUUCUUAUUAAAAUAUUACUAUUUACUAUAUAGUCUUAAACUAAAUGUAAAAAUUAAAAAACGAUUGGGCCAAAAUGGUGUUUUCUUAGCUAGCUAUAUACUCCUGAACUAGUAAACAAUCAAAAGUUCUAAUGUAAUUUGAUUUUUCUUAACCCCCAAGAAAAUGAAGUAUGUACGUGUUUAUCCUAUGAUCAUCGUAAAUGUUCCAAAACAUCCCACCCACGCACCUAAAGGAAAUAAUUUGAAACAAUAAUUAAAGAAACCACCCAGAAAAAGUUAAAACUUACUUCCACUAUUUGGCUCGUUAACUAUUAUAAACAAAAACAAAAGUGAAAGAGAAGACCAAGCAUACGGGCUUCACUUUAACUAACAACUAAGAAAUUAUUACGUUUGUUGUAGUGGUACUAAAUUAUACUCAUGUUUCAAAGUUUUUAAUUUUAGUUAUAAAAGUAUAUUUUUUGUGAUUAUCUAUUUUCAUAAUUCUAAACAAAUAAAAAUUCAAAACAUAAUAAUUUUUUCAAAGUUUACAAUUAAUUAUUAUUAAUUGAUAAAUUAAUAAAAAUGUAUUAAAAAUACCAAAAAUAUGCAUUUUUAUGAAAUAGAAAGAGUAUAAGUUAUAGGUUGAUAUAUUAUGGAUCGUGAGGGUUUGCCAUUAUCUACACCAUAAUUACUUCUAUACACGUUCGGCCCCCUCGUAGUCCCACUGCCUCCGUCUUACUAACACAACAACAAUUUUAAUACUAUUUACGACUAUCAAUCAAUUCACAGUUCUAUGUAUUUAAAUUAUAUUUCCCUACCUACUAUAUGUUUUAAAAUUAAGAUAAUAAAAACCACAAAGAAAAAACCAUCUUCGCAUUACACAAUUUUCGAUUUAAAAAAAAUGUAUGGAUCAUUUUUUUUUAUUUUGGGAUGAGAGAACUUAUGGAUCAUUCUAAAUCGAGAUAGUGUAAAAUUCCAAAUCCAUCAUUUUUGGUCAUGCUCUUCCAAUUGUUGUUUCGCGAAGAGGAUAUGAUAUACUUUUCCUAUCCAUAUGGUUAGAAACUAGAAAGUGGAUGAGAUAUGAAUUCGAACUAAAAACUAACGUAAAAAAAAGACACAUAAAAAGCUGAUAUAAAUCAUGAAAAAAGGAAAUAAAAAUCAAAUUUAGGCAUUCUGUUUUUAAUUCUAUUAUAUUUAUAAGUACUAUAAUUUCAUUUUAUUGACCAUUAUGUGAAAAGCGUAAAAUCGUCAAAACAAAGGGACUCUAUUAUAAAGUAACGCCUCUGCACUCCAGUCUUCUUCAUGCCCCCACACUUAUUUCCUCAGAAAAUAUUUUCGUUUUAAAAAAGAAUUUGCGUUCGCUCCCUCUGGGAUCUGGAAGAUAAAGGAUCUUUCACUUGCUUCCUCUCUAACUCAUCUCUUUGGAUUACAAAGCAGUUGGUGAUAAGAAUCUUUAAGAGCAUAGAAGGAGAAAACAACAGAAUGCAUUGGUUCACAAGUUUUGUUCGCAAAGUUGUCCCUUUGAAUCUCUAUUGCCGUGUCAUUCUGUAAAUUUCAUCUCUCUUACCUCCAAAUCUUCUCAUUCUUCUCCACUUUUUGUUCUGUUUAUAAUAAAUCUCUUUAAUAAUGGGAUCCCAACGUUUCUACGUCUUCCAUUGUGAACAAUAUAUGAUCAGCUAAACAGAUUUGCCUUUUUU